AUGCUGGAGCCCGUGCGCGCGGCCUUGCGGCCCUCCGUUCCGACUCCUUUCUUUGAGGCCGUUCCAGGCCGCGUUUCCGGCGCCCCGCACGCCAGUCGUUUGGACAGGCCUUUGUCAUGCGCUGUGCUGGCUGCAGUCGCCGUCCGCGUUGGCGCAAAGAGUCGAAGCGACCGCAGCCGAGUUCCGAAGCUGGCGCAGGAGACUUCAACCACUUCCAGUGCAAAAGCUUCAGCGCCUACUUCAAAGCCUAAGAGCCCUCCGGAGGCGAAGCCUCCUCCGCAGCCGAAGGCGAAGGCCAGCCCCCCUGUGGCAGCAGGAGCCAGCCCACCGCCGCCACCAGCUCCCAAGGCUGUGCCCAAGGGACCCCCGCCGACGCCUGCGAUGCCGCCGAAAGCUGCAGCUCCAACGAUCAAGGCUGAGUCCAAGGCGAAGGCAUCCCCGAAAGCUGCGCCGACGGCCAAAGAAACCUCGAAGACUGUCGUGAAAGAAGAGGAGAAGCCUAAGGCGCAAGAACCACCGAAAGCAAAAGAAGAGCAGAAGGUGGUGGAGCCCGUGAAGGUAGACGAUGACAAAAAGGUGCUCGAGCAAGCACUGAAGGACAAGGAGGCCAAACUGGAGACGAGUGAGCAGGAAAAGGCUUCCCUGAAGAAGCAGAUGGAGCAGAUCGAGGCAGACAAGCAGGCCAGGGCCAAAGCAGAUAAAGAGAAAGAAGAGAAGCUGAAGCAGCAAGAGCAGGCUUUGGACAAAGCAAAGGAGGAGUUGGAGGAGAUGAAGCGCGAACAGGAGCGAAAUCGGCGCAAUUUGCAGGCUGCAUCCGCUGCUGCAAAGCUGGAGAAGAAGGCUUUCAAGAGUGCUGGAGGCUCCGACGACGACGAGCUUAAGAAGAGCCUCGAACAAGUUCAGACCAUGAAGGCGGAGGUUUCAGCCUACCCUGCUCCCGCACCGUCACCGGCUCCUCCGCAACCCGAUCCAGCUCUGCAGAAGCAGAUCACAGAACUGCAGGAGAGCCUGCGGGCCUCCCAGGCGCACUGCGCCGAAAAGGAGCAGAAGAUCUUCCAGCUGCAAAUGGAGCAGGAGCAGGUGCAGUCCACCAUGCAAGGCUUGAAGGAGUCCUUAGCAGAGAAGGAGGAAGAGGCGAAGCAGUCCGAGAAACUUAAAGCAGCCUUGCAACAGAUUUCAGAUGUGGCGGCCGUAUACCUUGAUGCCCGGGAGGACCCUGCAGUGCUUUUGCAGAAGGCGAAGGAGGGCGAGGAACGAAUAGACGCUUUGGAGGCGGAAAACAAGUCCAUCUUGGCAGAGCUCAAGGAAGCCAAAGCGCAACUCUCGAACUUGGACUCUGCCCAGGCUGCCCUGGCUGAGUCCGAGGCAAAAGCGAAAACCCUCUCCGAUGAAAUCCAAGAAAUCGCCGAACAGAUCGGCGCGGGGGCUGGGCUGCUGUCAUUCUUUCAGCAGCCCUCGACGGAGGAUUUGCUUCGCGACAUCAAGGCCGAGAUCGGCAAGUUGAAGUCGAAGUGA